AUGACUGACUUCAACGGUCCUAACUAUCCUCCUCCUCCAGGCCCGUCGUACAAACAACCCUCCAAGUUGGGCCAGUUCAUCCUCGAUCCCAGAACCUCCGUCAAGAACUACAUCACCGACGCUCUUACAGAACCUGGCCGUCCUCCGCCAGCAGGCAGCUACGUCGGCGGUCCUCCUCCCAUUAAUCAGUAUCAAAACAGCCGGCCCCCAUCCUCUGGACCUCCUUUAGAAGCGCCGCUGCCACUUCGCCCAGCAAAGCACCAACAGCAACCGCAUUCCCCGCCACAUAUUGCUCAAGACCUCUCAUCCCUCUUUCCUCCACCUGGAACAUCAGGAUCCCCAUCAGGACCAUCACUGCGCCCCAAUUCCCGGCCACCCAGUCCAGGACAAGAGCAGAGGCCACCCCAAGGACAAGAACUGAGGCCACCUCAAGGACAAGAACAGAGACCACCUCCCUCCUUCAAGCCCCCUCACCGCGGUGACAGCGCUUCUUCACUACAGACACCGGACAAUAUGGACGGCCCAGGUGCAAGACCCCCAAGCCGUCUAAGCUAUCCCGACCAGUCCAUGCCGGGUAACUUCCGUGCUGCAUCUCCUCAGCCUAGUCCACAGCCUCAGGGACCUGGCUAUGGACAGAUAGGUGGCCCACCGCCGCAGCAAAUGAACUUCCACAACAGUCUGGCACCUCCCGGUGACAUGGCACUACCUCGAAAUAUGGGCGACAUGACCCAGAUGGGCCAGAUGAACGGCAUGAAUCAGAUGGGCCCAAUGGGUCAGAUGAAUAUGGGUAUGCCAAUGAUGGGAAAUCGCCCCCAAUCUCAAAUUAUGACUGUCGCAACCAUGAAUCAAGGAGCGCCAGCGCCCAAAGCCUUCCACCGCAUGAUCAAUGACUACAACACGUUGAAAAUGGGCUACUACAUGGCGCAUAUACAAUCCGAGUCGGGAGAUUUGACCCAAGUGAUUGCUCGACUGCGUUUGCUUGCGCGCGAGAUAUGGAGUUUGCGCCAUCGUCGAGCCACGGAAUUUGAAGGUAGCGAGACCCACGCCGAGGCUGUCAUCACCUUUUGGAAGAGCGAGUUUGACUUUUGGUCCGACAUCUUCGAGGACAGCUACGACCCUGUUCAGCAGCAGAUUUCGUCCAUGAUCAAGCAACAGAACCAAUACGCCGCACUCUGCGGGCUAGAAGAGGCUGCAAGUGCUGGCGGAGACAAAGAGGCGACCGAAAAGCCCAAGAAGAAGAAAAAGGCGGCGGAUGUACUCAAGAAGAAGAGCGUCAUGUUCAAGCCUGGCGACGAAGAGCAAUACUGA